UCUACACUGACCGGAGUUCAAAACACAAUCGAGGAGAAAAGUCAGCGCUCUCUUCUCAUCUGUGUCUGCUCAGAGCCACGCGCUGGCAGCCCGAGAGGAUCCCUUUGAUCUGCCCGUGGAGCAAGAAGGGCUGGGGGCGACGGCUGAGCAGACACCAAGGGCCAUUUGUUGGGAUUGUCAUCUGGCUCCCUCAUCUGUCACCUGAUGGCCAGCCAAGCAAAUGCUCGGCACAACUGUGGACUCUUCAUCCUUGUGCAACUUGCGGAGGCAAGAAAAGUAAGCAUCCUACAGUUGAUAUGACAUUCAGCUAUUUUUUCUAUAAAGGAAUGAAUUGAAUUCGCUACAAAUCUACUAACUGUCCCCCUAUGCCAGGCAAGAGACUGACUUGUUUUGUUUGGGUUGGGCUUUUCUCUAACAGCUGGAGGUCUGCUGGGCAUUCAAGCAAUGGCUGUUGAGUAAGGCAGCUGUUUCAGUAUCUAAUUGCAUUUUAGCUCUAAUAGCUCAAGGGGAAAGCAUUGCAUUGUCUGCCAUGAGCUACUUCCUGUCCUACUGCAAAGCACACUGCACCGCCGUGCUCGCCCAGUACCAGAGCCUGAGAUCAGAGGGCUUUCUCUGUGAUAUUUUGCUAAAAGUGAAAGAAAACGAGUUUCCUGCACACAAGUCCUUGUUGGCAUGUUCCAGCGACUACUUCCGAGCCAUGUUCAAAAAUUAUACCCAAGAGUCUAAAGCCAGUGUCAUUCACCUACAAGUAGUCUCACCCACCGGGCUCCAGCACAUCCUGGAUUUCAUUUACACAUCCUUUCUGCCCCUUUCCUUUGAAAGCCUGGAGGAUACCUUGGAAGCUGCAAGCUACUUGCAAGUGACCGAUGCUGUUGGCUUGUGCAAUCAGUACUUAGUGAACAAUCUUGCCUUGGAAAACUGCUGCUUCUCUGCCAACGUGGCCAGGAAGUUCUACCUGCCAGAUGCCCUAGCAGCCACAGAAAAAUACAUUAUCAAAAAUGUCUGGAAGCUGCUGGACUUGGAUUUGUCAGGACUUCUUGAGCUGAACUUCAGGUCUUUGCUAGCAGUGAUUCAAUCACCAGAUCUCCCCAUGGUGGAAGAAUGCCGUCUGUUGAAUCUUGUCCUGCUGUGGUUGAAGCAGGAUAAAUCCAGGCUGGAUCAUGCAAAUAGCCUUUUAGAACACAUAAGAUAUGGUCUCAUCCCAGUGGAAGAGCUGAGAAAAACCUACACACAGUCAGAAGUGUCCCUCUCAGCAGGUAUUAAGUGCUUGAUCAUAAAAGCAAUAAAUUAUCACACAUCUGUAUUCAAGCAGCCUGUCCUGCAGGAUAAGUCCACCACACUGAGGAACCAGAAAACUCGGAUCAUUCUGCUGGGGGGAGGCACGGCAAGCGAGGGGCUGGUCACCGAGGUGGUGGCCUUUGAUGUUUACAACCACAAAUGGCGAACCCUCACGCAGCUGCAGGACAGGGUGCAGAACCACAGCGUGUGUGUGGUGGGGAACUUCCUCUAUGUCCUGGGUGGGGAAAUACAAAGUGGUGCCCUGGGUGAUGCUAAAAUCGGCAAGACCUUAUUGGUUACCAACAAGGUCCAUCGGUACGAUCCAAGGUUUAACACGUGGACCCAAAUCACGGGCAUGCUGGAAAAGAGAUGCCAGUUUACUUGCUGUGUCCUAGGCAAGGACAUCUUUGCCAUUGGUGGAAGGGGUGAGGACGGGUCGCUGCAUUCAUCUGUGGAAGUCUAUGACAUCAGCAGGGAUAGAUGGACGAAGGCCAGGGAAUUGCCAUGCAGGAUACAUGGCCAUGCCAGUGCCGUUUGCAAGAACACCAUAUACAUCUCCGGGGGCAAGUGCUCGGCCCCAGCCAGCACAAGCAAUGACGUUUAUUCUCUGAGCUCACUUGAAAGGCAGUGGGUGAAACGCGCCCCGAUGAGCAUUGCUCGGUUUGGGCAUCAAAUGGCAACAAUCAGGGGAUCCAUAUUCACCUUUCUGGGAUUAUAUGAACCCUUCUCUGAGAUAGAAAGGUAUGACCCGGAUCAAAACCAAUGGACUCGGUUAAGACCACUGGUCUACGAUCGAUUCUCCUACGGCCUGGCAGUGGUGGAGGAAACAGCUCUUCUGAUCGGGGGAAAGAAAUGGCAGAACUCUCUGGAGGUCUCCACGCAAGAUGUGGUUGGCUACGACAUUGACAACGACGGCUGGGAGGAGAUCUGCAAGGCCCCCCUGCCGUGGUGCGGGCUGCAGUGCGCCGUGCUGCAGCUCGCCGAGGUGGCCGAGGAGCAGGACGGCGACAGCCCGCAGAAGAAGCUGCCCAGCUGCUGAGCUCCCAUGCUGAGGAAUAUCCAUCCCAGGAGAGGAGCGAGCAGCGCCGGCCUGGAGGAGAAAACUGCAGUGGCACUGAAUGUGAGAGUGGAAGUUUUGCUUGGAUAAGCCAAAUGCUUGGUUCAAACAGACAAGAAAAUCUGGCUCCAGCACAGGAAACACAUGUAGGGUUUAUAAAACUGGAAGCUGAUCUCACUGAGCAAGGAUGUAGCAACUAGCACGUUUAGAGGCGAUGCGUGAGCAUUGUAAUCCUUGACUUUUGGAUAAUACCUAGAUAGCAAUUAGUAAGUGUUGCAAGUCCCAUUUUUCAAAUAUUUAAAAAUAUAAUCCAUCUUUUCUGUUUUCUUAAUCAGAGGUGAUUUUCCCAGCUGGUAAGUGCUAUUGAGUUUCUAUGCUAUGGCUAAGCAAAAGGAAAGAGAGCUGUAUAAAGACUAGAAAAUUGAUGCCUACAAUAAUUAGUACCCAAUAUUGCCAAGAGAAAGGUAUUAUUUGAUAUACUAUGUACUAGGCAAGAAUGUCUUAGCUAACCAGCAUGAAAUUACUGGACAGACAGCCUGGACUUUUCACUGUGUAGGCUCAGCUACAGCUGAAAGUUAAAACAGUGUUUGAUAGAAGCCAUUUCUCUCUCAGUGGCCUUUAUCGUAGAACACCUUCCAGAUGUUUAUUUUCUGUUAUUUUAAAGACGCACAGUAAUGUUGAUGUACAUUUCUUCUGUAUCCAAACCCUGUGUUAGCUUAGCUGGCCAGAGCUGAAGGGUAUCCUUAUCAUUAGCCUCCAAGAAGCUUCUUACAGGAGUAACAACCUGUUACCGAUGCCUUGGCAUUUACUUUGGCACCAUAUGCUGUUUUAUCACACCUGUUCAUAAGGGUAAAAUGCUUCA